GAGCAUUAUUCAAGAACAACAAAAUUGAAAGCUUGGGUUUAUUGUGAAGAUGGAUUGGCAGUUUUGAAUCUGAGUGGAAAAGGGCUAUCCAAGAUACCUGACGAAGUCACUGAGCUGAGUGAAGUGCAAAAACUUAGGCUGGAUAUAAAUAACCUGACUGAAUUAUCAGCAAGAAUUAACAUGCUGAAAAAUCUUACCAGGCUCAUCUUGGAUGAAAACAAACUAACUGAACUACCUGCCGAGGUUGGCGACCUGAAAAAGCUGACGGAGCUGAGUGUAAGUAACAACCAGUUGAUUUGUAUACCUACCAGUAUACAGAAAUUGAACAGGCUUGAAGGGCUCUACCUGAAUCAUAACAAGUUAACGGAACUACCUACUGAGAUUGGGGGUCUAAAGAAGCUGAGAUGGCUGAGUGUGAGAAACAAUCAGUUGGUUUGUGUACCUACCAGUAUAAGGAACCUGACAAAACUUGAAGGACUGCACGUUGAUGAAAACGACCUCACAGAACUACCUGCUGAGAUUGGUGAAUCAAUGGAACUGAAGUGGCUGAGUGUGAGCAACAACCAUUUAGCUAUUCUACCUACAAGUAUACAAAAGCUGGAAAAGCUUGAGGGGCUUUAUUUGGAUAAUAACAAUUUAUCAGAAUUACCUGCUGAAAUUGGUGACCUGAAGGUGCUUAAGUGGUUGCGUGUAAAUAACAAUCAGUUGAUUUGUGUACCUACCAGUAUACAGAAGCUGAACAGGCUUAAAGGGCUACACUUCGAUGAUAAUGACAUAACAGAAUUACCGGCUGAGAUUAGUGAAUUGAAGGAGCUGCAGUGGCUAAGUGUGAGUAACAACCCGUUGGUUUGUGUAUCUGCCAGGAUACAGAAGCUGAAAAACCUUGUAGGGCUAUACUUGAAUAAUACAAAUUUAACAGAACUAGUUUCUGAGACUGGCGACCUGAAGGAGCUAAGGGAGCUGAAAGUGAGUAGCAACCUGUUAAGUUGUGUACCUACCAGUGUACAGACGCUGAACAAGCUUGAAGUGCUGUAUUUGGAUAAUAAUAAAUUAACUGAAUUACCUGCUGAGAUUGGUUACCUUAACGAUCUGAAGGAGUUGUGUGUGAGUAACAACCAAUUGGCUAGGUUACCUACAAGCAUACAGAAGCUGAAAAGACUUCAAGGGCUGUACUUGGAUAAUAACAACUUCACAGAACUACCUGCUGAAAUUGGUGACCUAAAAGAGCUGAAGUGGUUGAGAGUGAAUAAAAAUCAGUUGGACUGGGUACCGUGCAGUAUACAGAACCUGAAGAAGCUUAAAGGGCUGCAUCUCGAUGAUAACGAACUAAAAGAACUUUCUCCUGAGAUUGGUGACCUCAAGGAGCUAAAGUGGUUGAGCGUGAGUAACAACGUGUUAGUUUGUUUGCCUAGCCAAUUACAGAGGCUAAAGAAGCUUGUAGGCUUGUACUUGGCCAAUAACAAACUAACGGAACUGCCUGCUGCCAUUGGCGUCCUGAAGGAGUUGAGGGAACUGAAUGUGAGUAACAACCAGUUGAUUUGUGUACCUACCAGUAUACAGAAGCUGAACAAGCUUGAAUUGCUGUACUUGGAUAAUAACAAGGUAACAGAACUACCUGCUGAGAUUGGGCACCUGAUGGAGCUGAGGGAGCUGAGUGCCUGUAACAACCAGUUGGUUGGUUUGCCUACCAGUAUACAGAAGCUGAACAAGCUUAAAGGGCUGUACUUAAAUGACAACAAACUUGCAGAACUACCGGCUGAAAUUGGUGACCUAAAGGAGCUAAGGAAGCUGCAUGUGAAUAGUAAUCCUUUAAAUGUUGAUGCCAUAAGAUGUGCUCUGAAGUGGGAGAAGACAGGAAUGUUGGUAGAAACUGAUAUUGCAGGUGAAGGCAGGGAUAUUUGGAUUAAAUAAUCAUUUGUUAAAGUUCUAGUUACAUUUGCAUGUUUUAAUAAUUACUUUGUUUAUUUCUAGCGUUUCUAUUCAAAUUUUAAAUCGGUUCUGAGUAAUAUCUGUUUUUAUUUCUAGCGUUUCUUUUCAAAUUUUAAAUCGGUUGUGAGUAAUAUCUGUUAUUACAAUAAUUUUGCUACAGGAUCAACGAAGCAUUGAAGAGCUUGGAGAGCUCGGAGAGCUUGUUCACUCAAUAGGGAAUGAUCUUCAAAUGUUUUUUACAGUUCUAAGAUAGAGAUAGAACUUACCGCCGCGUUAGUGGUGUAAGUGUAUACUGAUAGAUCACUGAAAGGCAAAAUUUUUGUCAUGUUGCGAAUGUGGAACAAAGUCUCUGAUGAGAUAGACCCCCCUCCCUCUCCCCCUUGCCCUCAUGACCAUCAUAGCUUAGGCACCAGUCAAGCAGUGGCUAACCACCGAGCUGCAAUGGGACUCAAGGCGAGCUUGGGCACUUUAGCGUUCACGAGUCGUGCACACUGCAUGUAUUGUUUACAAUGUUUAGGUUAAAAUAAAACUCAUGCGGCAUUAUUCAUUGUGGUGUAUUUUCAUUCUGUUUAGUUCCUACAGAAAUAGAAGCACGAGGAGAAAGAGCAAAGCUUGCUUAUCAAAGUGCUCUUAGAGAUGGAGCUGUUAAUAUCUACCGUGGUCGGGUAUUCUUUAUUGGUCAGGAUGGGGCAGGAAAAACAAGUUUGAAGAAAUCUCUCAUCGGUUUGCCAUUCAAUCCAAAAGAAAACAGUACAACAGGAAUUGAAGUGGAUCCUUCACUCUUUCAAGUGGAUGUUGAUGAGGCUGAGAAUUGGCAACCUAUUGAUGGAAGUAAACAGGGUUUGUUGGGAUGUUCGAAAGCUGUGGCAGAGGUGGUGGUGGAAAAGCUGUUCAUUCCCGUGCAGUCCAAUCGGGCUCAGGAGGAGAAAAAGGAAACACACGCAAAUGACCUUCAUAUUGAUGAUUACAAGAACUGGAAACAGGUUGGUGAUACUGAGGGAGAAAAGGAAGAUUUAUUUGUAAGCCCAGCAGGUUUGUCUGAGGUGUUGCAAAUCCUGAUAAAAUCUUGUUUACAUGGUUCGUUCAAACUCAAAAAAGGUCUUGAAUUUUAGUACUAGUCGUCUCCAAGAGUUCUUCUGAAUUCGGUUAAGGUCCUUGAAAAGUAGUUGAAAACUCCAUAAAACCCUCUACCUUGUCUACACCAGACACCAUUUUCUGUGAAAUUAAAUUAUUUCGCAGAGGAAAUAUUGGCUCAUCCUUUGGAGAGGAUGAAGAAAGAAACUGUAAAAAAGUAAGAAACCGUAAAAAUUGAGGGAGAACGUAAAAACAUUUUUCUGCAUGAACAAUUAAUUAUUUCUGUUUCUUUAUUCUAUUUCUGUACCUCAGAUGCAAUUCCAAGCCAUACCCAGUCAUUUUGCAAAGUGUUGUUUCGGAAAGGACUUUAAAAUAAUGUGAUCAAACAUGGCUGAUCGAAGGAAUAAAAAUCAUAAAUGGCUCCAUGACGUGUUUUAGCCAAUAAGGUGUUCAAAAGGGGUUAAAGAAUGCCAAUUUAUAGGAUAAAUCUUAAUCCUUGAAAACUGUAAUUUGCCCUUGAAAAACCUUGAAAAGUCUUUGAAAUGUGUUCGUCUGAAGUUGUACGAACCAUGUAUUUACAUUGCGGGUCAUUACGAACACCCAUCACACGUAUAAAAAAGAAUGUUUUAAACUAUUUUUUACUUGCCAUAAAAUCUGUUACACUUUUUCUUGAAUUUCUUAUUUUAAAUAGCUGUAUAUCAAACACUCGAGAAUGUCUUUAACCCAGGGUUCAGGCAUACGGUUUCAAAUGGUGGUUAGCUCUUCAAAAGGGGUCGAAAGUUAUAUGAAAACGUAAAAAAUGCUGAGGAAUCUAGUCCAUUGAUUCUGUUUAUUGUCUUGUAAUACUCGAUAAGAUGUUACAAAAAACGUCUCUGAUUUUAUGUGAAAGCUUCAAUAAAUAUGCAUUUUACUGGUGAACUUAAACAAACCAAGAGCAACCAAAGACGGUUUCCUCCCAAAUGCAUUGAAGACACUUUUUAGGUUAUUCAGACUACUUUUAGACCUAUAGAAAUGGGGCUAUAAAAUUUGAAUCUAUUCAGUCAUCCUAGGGGAACUUGAGUCUUUUCGAAUUUCAUGCGCCUAAUUCAGAAUUAUUUCCCGGAAAAUUUUAGACGAAUUUUAGCGAAAGUGAAAAUUUGUUUGAUUCCUCUCUCCAUCGUAUUUUUGAAUGCGAAAAUUUUAGGUUCCCUUUUUCCUACGAGAAAUAGCCUACCCAUGGUGUGAAUUGUGAAAAAUGAAACUCCUGAAAAUCGUAGGGAAUUUAUUAGAUAAGCUUCGAAAAUUGUACAUGAAUGAAAUGGUCAUCUAGACUUUUUUAGCUGCCCUCAAUUAGUACAAAAUUCUAGGCAAUAUUUUCUUCUCCGACCAGAUAUUAAACAGAAAACAGUUGUCGGGUGCCCCUGACAAACAAACGAACGCAAUUUUUUAAAUUUAUCACCCUUUUUUUUAAAAAAGGGAAAUUUGCUUUAAAGUUUCGGAUACCAUAUUGGUUAACACAGUACCCAUGUCGCCAAUGAUAGUGCCUUGAUCUUUUAGCUGAUAAAGGGUUCUCUAUCGUUCAACGGUUAUCCUUUUGGUUUUCUGUUACAGGUUGUUAGUCCAAAAAUGAACAGUGCUAGUGUGCACACAUCAGCAGACCCUGAUGGUGAGUUAGUGAUUGAUCUUUCUUCACCUUCAGAAGAGGUCAAAGAGCGAACUGUCGAUUUGAUAAAGUAUGCGAAAGGUGAAGGUGUUAAAGAAGAACCUGUAGCCAAUGUUGAACUUUGGGAUUUUGCUGGACAACACCUGUAUUAUGCAUCUCAUCCUGUGUUUUUAACAUCACGUGCGAUAUACAUCUUGGUGUGCAACCUCAGUAAGUCGCUACAUGACACUGCCAAGCCAUGUGUUAGACAGGGAUCACACAAUGUUAUUUUGGACAAUCCAAAUGGAGAAACAAAUCUUGAGAAUUUGUUAUCUUGGCUUUCCACUUUGCACAGCAUCACAAGGUUAAGAAGAGAAGCUUGUGACGAUCAAGAAGAAAAGCUGCCUCAUCUCCGGCCUCCUGUGAUCAUUGUAGGCACCCAUGCAGACAAACCAUUUGAAGACAUUACAACCAUGAAGUCAGAAAUACAGAAGGGGAUUGCUGGUAGAGAAUAUGAAGGACACGUAGUGCGUCCAGUCUUUAGCAUUAACAACACUGCAAACCUACAUCAAAGCAGAAUAAAAAAGGUCUUCAGGCGUGGCCAUGCAGGUAAUUUAUGGGUUAAAGUCCUUAUUAAUCCAUCAAGAACCAAACGGGUUUUGCACCAUGCCUGUGAAAUUUCUUUUCAUUAAGUACCCAUGACCUUACAAUUUCCCAUCUGACUGACUUAAAUCGCCGCUAGGCAAUGACCCAACUUUAAAGUUGCGUUUCUGUUGAUUUACGAUUGACGUCAAUCAUAAUUAAAUUGGUCUGAUGAAAGAGAAAACCACUGUCAGAGAGUAGAGCUAGAGAAAAUGGCAGACGAUUUCCCACGCACCGAACUACUGCCCCAGAAACAUAGGAAUACAUAAAAAUACCCAUAAAAGCAAAGAAACGUGAGAAUGAAGAUUAUGUGACCUGUAGGAAUACAAAUCUAAAUGAAGAUAUGACCAUCGAUGGGGAAACCCACGUCCACAGACUCCAUUGGUUCUCUUAGGCUUUGGCAUUUACUGUGUAACCAAAAUAAUUUCCAUUCUGUCCGUAUAUAACCUCACCAUACCCAUAAAAAACGAACGGGGUAAGGGUUUGAUUUGAAAAACGUCUCUGGAAAAUCUUGGCAACGCCCUUUAAUGUUCUUCAAAAGAAAUAACAUCCGGCUUUAUAUCCCGAAACUGUUAAGAAACAGGAAAUGUUUAAAGACGGGGAUUUUGCGCAGAGGUAAGAGCUUUCUUGAGCUUGGAAUUUUAUUGGAAGUGAUAAUUAAACAGUUAUUGAUUUCGACUUUUGUAUGAUAUAGACCAUUAUCAACCUCCUCCAAUGCUUGCUCCAUAUUUGCAUUUGUUUUUAAGGGCAAGAUAAAAGCAUUGACGAGAUUCAAGCUCUGCGGGACAAAAUCAUGGAAGUCUUAAGACAGCAGCCGUACAUAGGGGAAAGGAUACCUGCAAGGUAAAUAAUCAUAGAUAGGAAACCAACACCUUAAUCUAACGAGCCUUUCAUUGUACAGAAUUGUGCGGAUAUUACAGUGCAUGCUACAUAUAAGUUCAACCAUCUCUCUGUCACAGACCGAGCUUACAUGGAGAGUGGGUCCCACUCUCCAGGUGUUGAGAGAGAGGAGGCUGAAACGGAAUACAUGCAUAUCUGUUUGAACUACUUUGUUUCAGUUCAAGGGUUCAGACGUGAAAAUCUCUUUCCAAAAACGUUUACUGCAUAAUUAUUAUUAAUAUGAAUUGUGGGAGAACGUGAUCCCAAAUUAAACGAAAAAAUGAAACACUGGCGUGAAACAAAGACAAAACAUUCAACGAGACAGGUGCAAGAUUGUAUAUGCAAUACUCGAUGACGCCCCCAAAAAAAAAAAAAAAAAAAAAAAGGAACCUUCAAGAUGCACUGUUUCUGCCUACGGGUACGGUUUUCCAAUUGAUCUUACUAACAAGGAUGAUGUCCACUCAGCAAAUGUGGCAAUAGCAUUGCCCUACCUAGGUAGGGCGAGGUAACCUGAGACAUACCUAGCAGCGGGAGCGAUGAUAAGGGCUCCAAUGUCAGGAGCUCAUAACUCGGAGUAGGCAACUCCUCUCUAUUUACCGUAUUUAUUAGAAUAAGCGCCCAACCUCGAAUUAGCGCCCACCUCGAAUAAGCACCCAUCCUAAAGGCAGAAAAAGUUAAUAAGCGCCCAGCCUCGAAUAAGUGACCAUCCCACCCCCUCCCCCUCCCAAUCAAACUCAAUUAGCGCCCACCCCCACCCCACCUACUUGAGCGAUAAUGAGAUUGAAAUUGAAUAAGUACUAAUAAGAGACUUCCCCGAAGACGGAGUGUUCUUCCGAGUAUUUUACAGAAACCUUGCUUUGUUACUUCUUUGCGUUUUGUUACUGGCAUUUACUGUUUUGUUGCAAAAUAAAAAUACUAUACUAAUUGCUGAAAAUGGUGAAAAUUUAAUAACCGCCCAGCCUCGAAUAAGUGCCCAUCUCGAAUAAGCGCCCACUCGCCAGGUCCAAAAAUUUAAUAAGCGCCCAGGGCGGUUAAUCGAAUAAAUACGGUACGUCAAGGCCUUUUCAGAGACCAGCUUAUAUUUAGAUCGGUUUAAACCUUUGAUACAGAGCAGAAGAAAUAUUCUAAAAUGUGUCUAAAUAACCUUGUGCAAGAAAAUGUCGUGAUAUAGGAAUACUAUAGAAGUUGCUGAAAGGGAGUUGUAUCCUGUUAAUGUACAGUGCAGUCGCAGGUAAGCAACAUAAUGUGACCCUUAAUAAGUGAAUGCUUGCAGGCGGGUACAUUUCGAUCCUCAGACUUUGAUUCACGCGGGGUAAAACAUAAACAAACCAGGCUUUAUAUUCGGUGAAAUUAUCUGGUGACGUUGACACCCUUGCCUAGUUGGCUCGGAAGGUCUGCAUGUAGCUGUACUAAAUCAAGUUCACUGCUUUGUAACCUGAAACCUUGUACUAAAUUUAUGCUCAUAUCAUUUAUUGUUUUUAAAUACUAGGUGGCUUAACUUCGAGAAGGUCAUCAGUGCCUUGCUGUCCAAGGAAGUUUAUCAUUUGACUGUAGAGCAACUCCGAACGUACGCUAAGGAUAAGUGCUUUAUUAAUGACGAGGAAGAGUUUACCACCAUGGUGAACUUCUAUCAUGACCUAGGGAUAAUUAUCAAGCACUCCUGCACAGUCAUUUUGAGUGCCAAGUGGCUGAUAGACCUGUUUAGGCAGCUGAUCACCAUUCCAUACUUUACUAACACGGUAAGGUCCAAAAUACAUGAGCUCUUUUUUUUAAGAGUUUCCUAUUUCAUAUUGGUUGCCCUGUUUUGUAAUCACUCUUCAUUUUAUUAUCUCUCAGGAACCCAAGGUUUCAAAACACUGGAAGGAAGUUGAAGAAAGCGGCGUCCUCAGCAUGGAACUGGUUGAUCAUGUGUUUUCCAAAUUUCUUCUGGAGGGCGUUGUCAGGGAGGACAUUUUGGACAUGAUGGAACAAUUUAGUUUGAUUGCAAACUUUUCACCUGCAAAGACUGAUAGAAAGUACUUUAUACCAUCUCAACUCAAAGUGCCACCUGAUUUACUUUGUGCCAUGGUACCCUCAAGCUCUGACCCUUGUCCUCUUUAUGUUUACUUUGUCACUGGUUUUAUCCCCCAUGGCCUGUUCACACGACUUGUUUCUAGGCUCAUCAGGUGGUGUUCUGAGGCUGGUCCAACUCAGCCACCCACGUUAUACCAAAGCGGAGCAUGGUUCGUCAUUGGAAGGCAAAUUGUCCAUGAUUUCGUCCUUAUCUGUAAGAAACAGUUCAUAAAGUUUUUUAUUAAGCAAAGAGCGCAAUGUCAGCAGAUCUCAGAGGAUGACACAAGCGAGGUGGCAGUUCAGGUGCGUGAGUUUGUUGAGGCAACUUUGCAAGCAUUGUCAAAUGAUCUUCUGUAUCUACGUGGAUUGCAGUAUCAGAUUCGGGUCGCCUGUCCAUACUGUCAGCUACAAGAGUGCUCAGGCCACAAUCAGAUGGCAUGUACUCAUGAACACUGUCUUCACCUCCUUGAGUUCAAACAAGGGGACCCACUGAUUUGCAAAAAGAAACCCUCAGGGGAAUUACUCACAGUUAGAGGACAGGAAAAGUGGUUCUUACCAAGACCAACUGAGGUAGGAAGUAACUAAAUUCAACCUAAGGCAAUGCUUUAAGGCUUAUAAUUACUCAUUAUACAUAUUAAAUACGUAACACCGACAAUCCUGAAAAUAGACUGCGGCGAUUUUCGUAUGACCUUGAAAAAUAGUUUUGGUAAGUGUUCGUUACAUGUUUUAUCUGCCAAUGGAUGAAAGGAUCAAAACAUGGACUCUUCAUUUUCACGCCAAAGAAAACCCUAAAAUGGAGAAGGCAUUGUUCGAUUGGCCAAUCGUGUUGCAGUAUGACAUCAAAGCAAAGUAUCGAUUGAUUUCUAGAAAUUUCACACCCGAGCGUUCGCUUAACCAACCAAAAGCCACGCGCGUUUGUAUCCGUUCAAUUAACCAAUCAAAUCGCUCUAUUUCCGUUCGUUUCUUAUUUCUGUUUUGUUCGCGAUUUUCAUUUUAAGGUCAUACGAAAAUCCUUCUAAUGUACACCAUGUAAACCAAAUGUUAACGACAAAACUGUUAACAAUUAUAGCGGGUAACGUCCAGUAAGAUCGUUGACUUGCAAAAGACCAUUGUAGAGAGGUUAUUUUGGAAGUUGGGACGCAAUCUAGUGGCCGUUGCCGUUUCGAUAAAUUUUGAUAAAUUAAUACAAGAGUUAUAUUGUAGGGACUGAAAAAGCUGAUCGUUAUUGAAGAGGUGCCAAUAGUAGAGAUUCGACUGUAUUGCUUUUGCUAAAUAUUAUGUCAAUGAAUGACUAGCCAUCUAUCUAAGCGGUAUUAAAAAGGCUUGUAAGAAGUCUGUGUCAUGUGCAUUAUUAGAUUGGAGAAAGAUGAUGUCGUGGUAGUCACCAAGUUUAACUCCAUUUAGCUUACCAUAAUGCUGUCCGUGGUGUAAGACAAAGGUUACAGACGACAUCAUUAGAAGGCGUCUACAUGUAGCUGCUUUUAACUGAGCAAGAAUUAGUACUUAAAUUCAAGCGAGUUGAUAAAGUCUGAAUCAAGUUUGAUAUUUCAAGCAUUUAAUACUUUACUUUGACGAAGCGGUUUACCUUUAAACGUCAGCCUUUGAAUCGAUAAAUUGGCCAUCAAAAUUAUGAGGAUGUGAACUGCGCAGCAUGGCAUUCUUGAAGGCUAAAAUAUAUCCCUGUUUAAAUAUGUAAUAAAUAAAUCAGUAAGUGAAUGAAUAAAUAAUUGACAUGCUAAAAUUAUUGGCUGCAAGUCUACUAGUGAAAUCAGUAUUAAUAUCUUAUUACGUCUACUGGCUGGGUUUUUUUCCUUUACAAACUUUGGUUUGUUACUGUUCAGUAAGUGUACAUCAUUUUGAGCAUAUUAUUAUCAGGUUUGCCAAAUUUUGUUUUUUAUUUUUAAAAGAAACCACCACCCUAGUCACCGAAGUUCUAUUUUAAACUAUUAAUUUUGCCUUUAUUACAGGAAGUGCAUCCUCUUCCAUCCUCAUUUACUACUGCACGAAGUCAUGCAGAACACUUAAUUUUGAAAGUUGCCCUCUUAGCAAAUGAAUGGGGAUCGUCAAAGGGUGGAUUGUCAACAAUGAACAGGACUCUUGCUAUAAAUUUGGCACAACACGCAAACGUAGAAGUCACCAUUCUUGCACCUGAAUUUGCGUGUAGCGAAGAAGACAAGAGAGCAGCUGAAAGUCACAAGAUUUCUAUCAGCGAGGCACAGCGUCGCCCCGGCUUUAGUGAUCCUCUUGUCUGGUUGUGCUUUCCACCAAGAGACCUUGACAUUCAGGUUGUGAUUGGCCAUGGUGCAAAGCUUGGUAAACAAGCCCAAAUUAUCAGAGAGUCUCAUUGUUGCAAGUGGGUGCAGGUUGUGCAUACAGAACCUGAAGAACUAGCGAUGCAUAAGAACUAUCCUAGUGCAAUUGCCAAAGGGGAGGGGAAAAACAGAGCUGAAGUUGACCUGUGUAAACUUGCAGAUGUCGUUGUGGCAGUUGGACCCAAGCUGAAGGAAGCCUACUCAUCCAAACUGCGUUCAUCUCAUCAAGAUAUCGUUCAGUUCAUACCGGGUUCCUUUGCAGAGCUUUCCGAUAUUGAGCAUGCUACACAAGAAAGUGCAAUUUUCAAAGUGUUAACCAUUGGUCGUGGCGAUUUUGAAGAUUUAAGUAUCAAAGGCUAUGACAUUGCUGCUAAAGCCAUUGUUGAGCUGCAGGACAGUUCUUACCGUCUGAUUUUUGUUGGUGCUCCUGAUGGAAAGCAGGAUGAAGUCGCAGAAAUCUUACUCCAGACAGGCAUUUCAAGGAACCAGCUGACUGUUAGAUCAUUUAUACAAAGCAAGAAAAAAUUGAAAGAGUUGUUUUGUGAAGUUGAUAUGGCCAUUAUGCCAUCAAGAACUGAGGGAUUUGGCUUGACAGCACUUGAAGCCAUGUCUGCUGGUCUGCCCAUUCUGGUUAGUGGAAAUUCCGGAUUCGGGGAAGUCCUUCGUGGUCUCACUGUAGGCAAUUCAUUAGUGAUCGAUUCUGAUGACCCCAAGGAAUGGGCCAAGGGAAUUGAUGCUAUUCGGAAAAAAUCGAGGAAACAGCGGCUUGACGAAGUUCAAAUCCUGCGAAAAAGUUAUGAAAAGAGAUUCAGUUGGAAAAGACAGUGCCAGUCACUUGUUGACAGGAUGAGGAAGAUGGUUUAUGGUGAGAAAUAA